CUUGUGGCAAGUUAGGAUGUAGGCUACCAAAGUGAACUGUAACGUUACGUCGUUCAUUGGUUAACACAUUUGGAGACUAUCCAAUCCAAUUAAAUAUGUUUAUUGAAAACAUUUAGCCUAUGAAAAGAUUCAUCCGAAAAACUGUAGGCGGCAGCGCUGAGUUGAGAUGGCGGAGGUCAACGCCGUGUGCAUGCCUAUGGUUACAUACCUAGAAACUGUAAGCGGUAACGUGGUGACAGCUCAGCAGAAACGGGAAAAGUUGCAGAAAGCAUCUCUGGAACCAGUGCCUUGUCUAUUAGGGUCUAUAACUGAACUCAGCAACCGGAUAUCUUCGCUCCCCCUCCUACCAAUCUUUGGAUGCGCAGAUACACAGGCUCCUAAAGAUAAGAAGGCAACGCGACUAAGCAGUCAAAAACAGGUUGGCCAGCCCACCUCCACAUUUCAAGACAAACAGGCGAGCCUCUCCUGGUCUAGCCACAGUGGCUCUCAGCAGGAGUCCCCUCCUCCUCCGGGCCGGAGCAACGCGUCCAGCGACAAGCAUGAAGGUGGAAUGCCCAAACUGGUGGAGCUUUACCAGUUCCCAGGCUUUAAUAAAGAUGGCGCGAUGCCUCUCCCUCACCACACACCUUUCUCCACUGUUGUCACCCACGUGGUGCGCGCUCAACAAGGUCUCAGCCACAAGCCCAGAUAUAAAGCUGCUUUUCAAAGCAACCUCGCCUCUGAACUGAUGGAGCACUUUGUCACUGACGUGUUUUGGUGGCUGUUUCUUCAGAACUUCCAGCCAGAUGGACAUGUACAGGACUGCUUGUUCUCUAGGAUUGCAGAGAAUUACAUCAGAAUCCUUACCCACAACCAGUCAUCACGCAUCGGCAAUGUUUUUCUCCGGGAGUUCCCCUGCAUCCUGAGCCAAACGCUCUACAGCUGCUUCUGCUGCUGCUUCCCCCAGUCCUGCAGCACCAUACGCCACGGCACCUUCCUCCAAAAGCUGUGCUCUACUGCCUACCAGUGGACAGGAGGGGUUUGUCCUGCUCCUAAUAUCUUCAAAAAGUGGGACUUUGAGGCCCUGGAGCCAGACGAAGCCGUUAGCAGCCAGUUCACCACCGAGAACGAGACAAAGGAGCCGGGCGAAUCGUGUGUGUCACUCCUGGACAGCAUGUUUCCUAGUGCCGCCGUGUCCGCCCAACGUGACGGCCCUCCCAGAAGGCCAGCGAGCCCAGUGAUUGAACCUAGUAUUGAAACCAGUUUUGAAGGGACCUUUUCAAACAACAAGGAGCAGAAUAUCAGCAACCCAUCUGAGAAAGACGAGAGGAGCGCUGGCUCAGAGAACAUAAAAGGCUCUGAUCAGAAGGCAGCCACUGACCACAGCAAUCGAAAAUCAACCAAGGAGUGUGGCUGGCAGCAGCUGGAGUUUGGCCGCUGCACGUUUGACCUGUGGGGGACCAGCCCGCUGGUGCAGCACUUCAUGCAGAUGCUGCGGCAGGAGCCCAGCGUGGGCCAGGGCGUGCUGGUGCGCAGGACGCAGGUCCGCACGCUGCCCCCAUAUCCUUCUGACCGGCACGGUCACUUCUCCACGCUAGUACAGUCAUUUCCUGUGUAUUAG